AUCCAAUCCGAGAAAGCUACAGCAAACAACUUUCUCCUUCACCUUCUCUUUCCUCUUCAAUUCUUCUCUCCUUAUUUCUAAGUUACUUGAAUCUUACAAACACCAAAUUCAUAUUAAGCACUUCACUAACAUAAGAUUGAUCCGUUUCGAAGCUGGUCAUGAAUCCGUCUCUACUACUUCUUCGUUUUCGCUGUUUGUUCACUCCAUCUCACCAAUACGUUGUAUGCAGGUAAAUUACUGAAUCUAUAUUGAGGGAAGGUAAAUUUGCAAGGGAAUCUUUUUCAGUUUUUUGCCUUUUUUGAGCAAAUGGCUUCCAUGAGCGUUGUACCUACUUUUGGAUUACGAGAUCAAAGUGAAAAUACAACUGGUGUUGAUAGGCUGCCUGAUGAGAUGAAUGACAUGAAAAUUAGAGAUGACAAGGAAAUGGAAGCAACAGUUGUUGAUGGUAAUGGAACAGAGGCAGGUCAUAUAAUUGUCACAACUAUUGGUGGCAAAAAUGGACAGCCUAAACAGACAAUAAGCUAUAUGGCUGAGCGUGUUGUUGGACAUGGAUCUUUUGGAGUAGUAUUCCAGGCUAAGUGCUUAGAGACUGGUGAAACUGUUGCUAUAAAAAAGGUUCUACAAGAUAAAAGGUACAAGAACCGUGAGCUGCAAACCAUGCAUAUUCUGGACCACCCCAAUGUAGUGUCCCUGAAACACUGUUUCUUCUCGACGACUGAAAAAAGUGAGCUUUAUCUUAACCUGGUACUUGAGUAUGUGCCUGAGACUGUCCAUCGUGUGAUCAAACACUACAAUAAGAUGGGCCAAAGGAUGCCAUUAAUAUAUGUGAAACUUUAUUUUUACCAGAUUUGUAGAGCUCUUGCAUACAUUCACAACAGUAUUGGAGUGUGCCAUAGGGAUAUAAAGCCUCAAAAUUUGUUGGUAAACCCACAUACCCACCAGCUGAAACUAUGUGACUUUGGAAGUGCAAAAGUUUUGGUGAAAGGGGAACCAAACAUAUCUUAUAUAUGUUCUCGGUAUUAUAGGGCACCUGAACUUAUAUUUGGUGCGACUGAGUACACCACAGCCAUUGACAUUUGGUCUGCUGGCUGUGUCCUGGCUGAAUUGCUGCUUGGACAGCCUCUCUUUCCCGGUGAGAGUGGAGUGGAUCAGCUUGUUGAAAUUAUAAAGGUUUUGGGUACCCCUACACGGGAGGAAAUCAAGUGUAUGAAUCCUAACUACACUGAGUUCAAAUUUCCACAAAUUAAAGCACACCCAUGGCAUAAGAUAUUCCAUAAGUGCAUGCCCCCUGAAGCUGUGGACCUUGUCUCAAGACUAUUGCAGUACUCUCCAAAUCUUCGAAGUACAGCUCUGGAGGCGUUGAUCCAUCCCUUCUUUAAUGAGCUACGUGACCCUAACACUCGCCUACCAAAUGGACGCUUCCUUCCACCACUUUUCAACUUUAAAACUCAUGAACUGAAGGGAGUGCCAGUUGAGAUGCUGGUUAAGCUAAUCCCAGAGCAUGCAAGAAAGCAAUGUGUCUUCCUUGGGUUGUGAUGCAAUUCAGUGUAGUUAUUGUCUGCUGCUCGCAGAAAAUUUGCUGUAGAAAAGUAGCUAGUUUCAAGUGAUCAUAUUGAAGCAGCGUUAUUUCUUAUGCAUCCCAUGUUCAUUUAUUUCUUUUUAUAGUUAUUUUUUAGUUUUUUUUUCUAUUUUUUAAUCAUCUUCUGCCUCUUUGUAGAGAGCAGAUAAAAAGAAGGUUCCGCUUAUUAUGUUGUUAAGCCUCAUUGAAAUGGAUAGGCUGACCUUUAAUUUUCAAUCAGGACAGAAAUCAACUCAAAUGUUUUAUCAAUUAUAUAUUUUUUCCUUGAUA